AUGGUAAAUAGGAAUCAAAAUGUCGAUGAUAUCAUACGGCAAGUUCGACAUGAUGAUGUGGCAGCAGAUAAUAACCUAACAGCUAUAGUCGAGAGAAUUAUGGUUCGAAAUGGGGUAAAUUUUGGCCUUAGAAGACCAAAUUAUACGUCGCCUUUAGCAGAAUAUGUCUUACAGACAGAUGCGCCCCUGAGGACCAAAAUCCCCAAAUUCACCAAGUUUAUUGGGGAUACUACUGAGUCUAUUGUCGAACACAUGGCGAGAUAUAUAUUCGAAGCUGGAGAUAUGUCAAAUAACGAGAGUCUUCAGAUGAAAUUUUUUCCAAGUUCUCUUACAAAGAAUGCUUUCACAUGGUUCACAACUUUGCCCCAGAAUUCGAUCCAUUCAUGGAACCAGCUAGAAAGAAUGGUCCAUGAACAGUUCUACAUGGGGAAAACGAAAAUAAGUUUGAAAGAGUUGGCUAGUGUCAAACAAAAAUUCAUUGAGCCAACUGACGACUACCUGAAUAGAUUUCGACUACUCAAAGUCAGGUGUUUCACGCAAGUACCAGAGCAUGAGUUGGUCGAAAUGGCCACUGGGGGCCUUGAUUAUUCGAUUAGAAAGAAAUUAGAUACUCAAUACCUAAGGGAUAUGGCCCAGUUGGCUAACAAAGUUCGACAGGUAGAAUGUUUAAAAGAAAAAAAGGCUAGGACGAAGAAAGGUAAAAGGGUAGCCUAUGUCGAUUUUAGGAAAGAUCACGAAGACUCGGGUCAUGAAGUUCAAGACUUCGACUAUACUGAGUUCGAUCUUGCUGAAUUGACACAGGGGCCAUCAUAUGUGUGCAAAGUUUUAGCCCCUUCGAACGGGAAAAACCCUGUCGAACCUGAAAAGAAUGACAGGGAUCUGGUGCAGCAUGCAAUCCAAGAGGGAAGACUCAAGUUCGGUGAUAAGCCAUGGAGCCAGAUGAUAAUCGACUCCGAUCCUCUACAAAUUGCCGAAGCUCAUUAUACUGAGCCAGAGGAGGUGAAUUUCAUUGAAGUUGCUAAUGAUUUCUGUAUGACCGAAGUUACUGAAGACUUCAUCCAUAGGCCUGUCAUGGUUAAAGUACAUGAGUACUCCGAGCAGGAAUCUCUUGACGAUUUGGCCCUAAGGGGUACAGAGGAAAUCAAGAAAGAAAAUAUUGAACCCUCAGAUGUCGAGGAUGCUGGAAAUUCAAAGUUAGUGAUGAUCACUUAA